AGCGCUCAGCCAAAACCUGCUGAUCUCGUCGACAUCUCGGCAGUGACCAAUGCGAAUUCAGUGUUCGAAGUGAUUGAUAUUCAAACGCGAACACUUCAGAACUUCGAUUUCCACGAAAUGACUUCUCUGCUUGAAGACCAACGUGUUGUUGUUCGAUGGAUCGAUUCAGACCGAGUCAUGGUUGAUGUCACCUUAUCAGGGUCCGAAUCAAUGCGAAUGCUCGAUAUUUGGGAGAUAUGGAAUCGCGAAGCUUUCCUUCACAGUGCUAAACGUCAAAAGGACUUUAUGUCUCUUUUCCAGUUCAUUACAGGAACUGUACGAUCGCUCAGGGUAAAGGAACGCGAUAUUCCUAAGGAAAAGACUCGCUGCUCCGACAACCCGAGCUACUUUGCCACCAGAAGUCAACAGUGA